UUCAAAUAUUUACGAAUAUUUAAAAAUUUCUUAAAAAUUUUUUACUUAAAAAUAUAUAUAUACAAAAUUUUUUAAAAUAAAUUAUUAAUUUUUAGAUUAGAUUAAAUAAAACAAAUUUUUACGAUAUUUUCUGCUAGUAGACGAUAUUUAAAUUAAAGUUUUUUUUAACUCUGCGAAUAAGACUGCAUUUUCUAUAAAUGCAUCAUAUGUGACUUUUCUACUAAUUAACUCGCGUGCAAGUCAGCGAAAAGAUACAUCACAGGUUUGAUUCUCUUCUCUGGAUUCGAAAAAUCGUUGUGGCCCCUUGUAUAUAAGACGCCGUUUACAUGCUCUUAAUCGUUACGUUACUGUCCGUGAAACUUGCUUUCCCAGUUUGCGCGCUCAACAUCUCGCAGUCACGAAAGUAUCGGCUUCGUUCGCGCGUGAUUGAAUAUCCAUCAGAAGUACAGCAACUGCGAAGAACAUCAUUCUAGAACAUUGCAGCACGUGAACGUGAAAAAAUUGACAGUCAACAACAAUAGGAACGAGUUCACUAUCUAGCUUUUGUAUUUCCGAAAGAUAUUUAUUCACUUCCGAUAUAAACAUGGCCACGGCAAGUUCGUCAAAGACAACAAUUGACGAGACAUCACAGAAAGAUUAUACGUGGAUGGAACUGAGAUUGCUGCAAUUAAUCGUGAUACAAAGCAGAUUGGGUCAGACAAUGCUGAAACUCGUGGAUAAUUUCCUAUGGACUGUAGAAAAGUGUGCAGAAUGGAGCUUACCUAGACAUGGAGAAGAUGAAAAUCGAAAAGACUCGGGAAAACCGCAUCUCGUGAGACCAUUGCCAUGGCUUUUGUUUCUGCCGAGCUUAGUGCUGCUGCGUGUAAUGAGAGUGACAGUGAAUAUAGGUGCUUUCAUAUUUGGUUACUCUCAAAUCACGCCGAGUGGAAUGAUAAAAUUCGUACAGCUAAGUCGUAGACAUCUGAACGCCGCGAUGAACAAAAGGAAAGAGAGACAGGAGAGCAAGGACAAGAAAUUAUCGAUGAACGAGGCCAAGAAGGCUCUGAUCAGGUCCAUUCGUCUGACUUUGUCAAGCCUAUCCUGCUUGGAUACAUCCAAAUCCUCUCCGUCACCACCGCCCACUAAAAUUCACGUUAGUAGCAUCCUCGAUCCCGAUUCAGUAACAAUGACAUCGGAAGAAAAACCAAUAACGGAAUCAAAGGAUUCUACAGAAGUAAAAGAUUCAACGAAUGCAUUGGAAGAAGAAGAGGAGGAGGAGGAGGAGACUCUUAAUGAGAAGAUUGAUCGACUCGCUUUGGAGAACAGCGAGGAUGAUGAGGAUUUUGACCCGACCAAAUACUCUUCGAGCGACACAAGCAACGAUGAUGACGUCGAAAACAGUGACGGCAACGUGUCUCCAACGGAGAUUCUCGACAUUCAGAACGCUAAUAAGGCGUUCCAGAAGAAUCUGAAGAACGACAUCGAACAAUUUUUGAAAGCCGAACAGACUUCUGAAUUGGCUCCCAAGCAAGAAUUCAUCGAGCCGGUUUGUGGGAAGAGAUCGUCGGCCAAGGAGAGCCGCGAUAAGGUAGAAGAGCGCCUCGCGACUUCGCAGCGCAUCGAGUCGCCAGAGUGUUACACGCCCGACAGAUCUAGUCAGGAAGGUGAUCCGAUCUUCUACUCACCGAUCAGCUCAGACAGCGACGCGCCGAAGGAGUGCUCGAUGUCAUCGGUGUCAGUCACCGAACAAUGUGUCUCAAGAAAAAUCUUAAAGACAAAUAUUAAUGGCGAAGCACGUUUUAUCUCAACAUCAACGACUUCAGAAUCAAAAUCAUCCAGACAAAUCAACAAUGGCGCAGUGAUGGAGAAGCGCAGUAUAAACGUGAGUAAAUCUCACAAGGGUAAGCGGACGAAUCACGGCAAUCGCAAGAAAAAAUAGUUAAUUAACAAGCAAAAUAAAGCAAAACAAGAGAGAGCGAGAGCAAGAGAGAAAGAGAGAGAGAGAGAGAGAGAGAGAGAGAGAGAGAGAGAAGGGGGAAAAAUGAAGGUUUCCCUCCGAGACAAUAGAUCACUAUCGGUGAUACAAUAUCGCGUUGUAUCGAACGUCAUUGAAAGUUACGCAAUUGUCGAGGAUUAAACAUGAUUUGAAGUAAAAGAUACUGUCUCAGUUAAGAUAUAAAGAUAUCAAGGUAUCAAGACAUGUAUGCGAAUAACAAUCGAGUUUAUUUAAAAAAUCCCAAAGUCAUUAUAGUCGCUCAUUAAAAAGUAUUACUAUUCUUUAAUGAAAAAUUGAUGAAUUAAGAUGCUUGGGAGAGUUUCUCUGAGAGAUUUCGUUCAAACUGCGAAGGUCCAAAGUAUAACUAGUUCACAGUACGUUGCUUUUAUCAUGUUCGAACGCAAUCAUGCUUGUUUUUUAAUAAUAAUAAUGUAGUAUAGCAACAUUAAUUUGUAAAAUUCGAUAAAGAAAAAAAAUAAUAUACGUUUCCUAUUUCUAAAUUGUUCUCAAACGACUUGUCAUUCGAAUAUAAUGAUGAAUUAAUUGGACAAUUACCAAUUCGCAACUCCAAAAUGAUUCCCCAUUUAAACGAUUGAUCUUUCUCCCGAAUCCGGUUUAGCGAGAAGUUUUACAAUGAAAACUUUGUAGACAAGCGGAUGCGUUCUAAAUAUGCGGCAAUACGUUCAAAGUACGCAGACAUUAUCAUAUUUAGACAAAACAUCGUGUCUCGACAAUUACGUAAUUGUGAUUGAUUAUAAAUUAUUUCUUCGAUAUGGUAGUGCAAACGCAGCACGUGCGAAUAUAUGUCUCGAGUUUGCGUAUUAUCUCCGAAAUGCUAUUGAACUGAUUCUUUUUUUGGGAGAUUUAUAUAUUUGCUUAUUUAUAUAACGUCUGAGUAAUAAUUAUUGUAUCUAUAAUUAAGUAGAUCGAUAUAACGAUAAAAAUCAAGAAAAAAUGGAUUUUUAUCGACGUGUAUAUUUGUAUCUCAUAAUAUGCAAAUUUUAAAAACGUUUUACUUUCCACUUUGUUACAUAAAUUGAAAUAAGAAAAGUACUAUUAUACAUGAGUUUAAAGCAUUAGCGUCUAAUUUUAAAUUUAGCCUUUUACUUAAGUUGUAAUUAGAAAUAUACGUUCUUUUUAUAUAAUAUAA